AUCUGCCGCAGUUGCUGUUAACCAGCUUACCUGACCCAGCUCUACAACAGACAGGACAGGACUAUCCGAGGAGGAUGAGCAACAUGGCCACGGAGAUCGUUGCCUUCAUCCUGACCAUAUCUGGAUGGAUCCUGGUCUGCUCCACGUUGCCUACUGACUACUGGAAGGUGUCCUCCGUGGAUGGGACAGUCAUCACCACGGCGACCUUCUGGUCCAACCUGUGGAAGACCUGCGUCACGGAUUCUACAGGAGUGUCCAACUGUAAAGAUUUCCCCUCCAUGCUGGCUCUGGAUGUGUAUAUCCAGGUGUGUCGGGGCCUGAUGAUUGCGUCUGUGUGCCUGGGGUUCUUUGGAGCCACCCUGGCCCUGAUGGGAAUGAAGUGUACCAGGAUCGGAGGCUCAGAGAGCACCAAGGCCAGACUAACAGGCCUCGCAGGCCUUCACUUCAUACUCAAUGGGCUUUGCUCCUUGACUGCAUGCUCUCUGUACGCACACAGGAUCACAUCCGAGUUCUUUGACCCACUCUUUUUUGCUCAAAAGUUUGAGCUGGGCGCAGCGCUCUUCAUCGGCUGGGCUGGAUCGGUGCUCUGCAUUUCAGGAGGACUCAUAUUCUGCCUCUCCUUGUCAGAGGGCUUCAGUCGAGCAGAGUGCUCCUACAGUGGUGGUACGUCUAUGGUAACCAAGCGUCACAAACCCGGCAAGUCUGCCGACAGUUUCUACAAAUCGCCAGUUUCCACAGACCCCCGAGACCCAGCAGAACACUCAAGGCAGUUUGGAAAGAACGUCUAUGUGUGA